GGGCGAGACACCGCGGCAGUUGCGGGCGCUCGCUCCUGUCAGUCGGGCCGGAGCGGAGCAGCGGGCAGGACAGCAGGGCUGGAGGCUCCGCGAAGAGGCUGCGUGCCCCAGCCGGGGAAGGCGAAGAGCCGGGCCCACCACCUGCGAGGCGAGGUGUGCGGCACCCGGAUCUCAAGCGAGGCGAGGCGCCGGCGCGCGCCAGGCGGUGCAAGGCUGAGGUCCCGGGAGCCCCCCGCACGCCACCCCGGGCCACGGGCGCGUGAGAGCCCGGUGCGCGCCUCCCCUUCUGCACCUCGCGAGCUCGCACUCCCGGUGCACCGUCCUCCGGGCCGUCCCCACGUCCUCCCUGUUGUAGCUGGACAGAUUAUUUCUCGGCACUGAAGCCCCCGGGGCUGUAUCCAAGCCUCCGCCGCCCGCUGUCACCGCCUCGGCUGCCGCUGCUCUCCGCCUUCCCCUCCCCCCACACCCGGGGCUCGGAGCAGGAGGAGGAGGGGCUGGUGCAUUCUCGCUGCCGCUCUUUGCAACCUGCGGAGGCCGGUGCAUGCCCGGCGAAGCGCCCGGACCGCUGCAGGUGCGUGCAAUUCUAAAGGAGAAAACCCUCCCACCCCUGGGCGAAUCCCAGGGCUGCAAGCCUCCGGCAGGCGGUCGAGCGAAAGGAAGCAACAAAGACAGGCUGCAGCUGGGGCCGGCGAGAGGGGCCGCGGCUGCCGGGCUCCCGGCGCGGGUGGAGAGGGCGCCCCGGGGAGCGGCGAGGGCUGAGCUGCAGCCCUGAGCAGAACCCAGAGGGGAGGCGCAGCGCCGCCCGGGGGACGCGGUGAGCACAAGCCUCGGCGAGGAUGCGCCGCUUGAGCGCCGGCGCGGCGCAGGUUCUGGGCGGGCGCGACCCCUGCUGAGCCGAGACCCUCCACCCCCGGACUUCGGACGGCGCGGGCUGGCGCCUGUAUUGGCCUCACCGACAGCAUCCCUUUCCACCCGGAGAGAGAUAUAGGCCCCCAAGAGGGGCCCUCUCAGGCAGCCUCUGUCACCUCUGCAUGGCUGCAACCCUGCCAGCGGAAAGUCGCCGCUGAGACCUGGUUGAUCCGGGACCCUGCUGCCGAGCCUGCCACGCCGCGGGCCCCCAGUGUAGCCAUGCUGGCCUGUCUGCAGAGGACCCAGAACCCACCGGGCCAACACCUGGCCUGCCCGAGCAAGACCCUGGAGCUGCGCAAGUGUGAGACGGUGGCCAGCUCCAUGCAUUCCUCCCGCUACCCGAGCCCGGCCGAGCUGGACGCCUACGCGGAGAAGGUGGCCAACAGCCCGCUCUCCAUCAAGAUCUUCCCCACCACCAUCCGCGUGCCCCAGCACAAGCACCUGGGCCGCACCGUCAACGGCUACGACACCUGCGGCCAGCGCUACAGCCCCUACCCGCAGCACGCCGCCGGCUACCAGGGCCUGCUGGCCGUCGUCAAGGCCGCCGUCUCCUCCAGCGUGGCCGCGCCCACCGGGCCCGCCAAAAGUGUGCUCAAGAGCGCCGAGGGCAAGCGGACCAAGCUGUCGCCGGCCACCGUGCAGGUGGGCAUCGCGCCCUACCCGGCACCCAGCACUCUGGGGCCCCUGGCCUACGCCAAGCCACCCGAGGCGCCCGCCCCGCCGCCGGGCCUGCCCGCGGCGGCCGCCACUGCCGCCUCCGUCAUCCCUUUGCCGGGCCGCAGCCGGGCCCUGCCACCUUCCAACCUGCCCUCCAUCCACAGCAUCCUCUACCAGCUCAACCAGCAGUGCCAGGCCCCGGGCGUGGCGCCUGCAGCCUGCCAGGGUGUGGCCGUGCCCCUCCCCAGCCCCGCCAAGCACGGCCCGGUGCCCAGCUUCCCCAGCAUGGCCUACUCGGCCGCUGCCGGCCUGCCCGACUGCCGAAAGGGCGCUGAGCUGGGCCAGGGAAGCACAGCGGCCUUGACGUUGGCUGCAGCCACCAAGCCUGCAGGGUACAUGGACGGCGGCCUGGAUUACCUGCUGUGGCCACAGAAGCCGCCCCCACCGCCGCCCCAGCCACUGCGGGCCUAUAGCGGGGGCACAGUGGCCAGCAAGUCCCCGGAGGCUUGUGGGGGGCGGGCGUACGAGCGGGCCAGUGGCUCACCCCUGAACUGCAGCGUGGGGCUGCCCGCCAGCUUCACGGUGGGCCAGUACUUCACUGCCCCCUGGAACAGCGUGCUGGUGACUCCCACCAGCGACUGCUACAACUCCACGGCGGUGGCAGUCUCCGAGCUGGGGCCCGGGGGCGCCCGGGAGCUGCCGGGCCCCCCGGCGGAGGCCCUCUCGGGCCUGCCCAGCAAGAGCGCAUGCAACACCGCGGCGCUGAGCAGCAGCCUGCAGUCGCUGGAGUAUCUCAUCAAUGACAUCCGGCCGCCCUGCAUCAAGGAGCAGAUGCUGGGCAAGGGCUACGAGACGGUGGCCGUGCCCCGGCUGCUCGACCACCAGCACGCCCACAUCCGCCUCCCCGUCUACAGAUAAGGCCUGCCUCGUGGGCGGCGCAUGGACCAAGGGACAGGGCCCGCCAGGGGGGCAGGCAGACAGGCCAGAGAGCAGUAGCCGGCGGCGCACAGGGGCCUGUCGACGCCCACAGGGAAGCCGCAGCCAUGUCUGCAGAGGUUUGGCAGGGUGACCUUGCUCAGCGAGGCCCCUCCCCACCCAUCAGCUGUCCCGGGACACGGGGAGGGCCCCUGAGCAGCUCCUGACGCCCACGCUUUCCUCUGUCCACGCGGGCAGAGGUGCAGAGAGAGAGACCACUGAAAACCACCAGUGCUGCUUUCUGCUCUCCCGGGUGGAGCUCAGGCCAGGGUGGGGUGUGGGAAGAAAUGUGGCGGUUUGGAAUCAGGGUGUGGGUCAAAGUAACCUCCAGGGGUCCCCUAGCUCCCCCCCACAAGCUGCCCAGUCACCUGGAAGAGGAGCAGGGGAGGUCACUGGUCCCACAGUGUGCCCCACUGGCCGGUCCAGGUGACGACCACUGUAAUAGAGGCUCCAGGGACUGCCCGGCCCCCUACCCUUCCUCCUGUAGACUCUUCCUCUCCUUCCCCAUAUGGAG